AUGGCCUUCGAAAAGAGGAUUCGAGGCCGAAUGGCUCAAUCCGUGAUUUCAAUCGACACAACCACUGAUGAUUCUUUUGAGGAACUGUCUUCAGCACCGUCUGUUUCGCGGAGAGAAUACCCGGAAGAAAACCUCGCAAGUUCAAAGUUUGCUGAAGCAAUGAACAACCCAGACUGGCGUCGUCGACGCGAUGGAUUCAGUGCUUCUGACCUUACUGACACAGCCAACAGCACAAAUCAAGCCAGCUUACAUGGUCGCGAGGUUGCUAACAACGGCACAGAAGGAGGGUACAUCUCCCAUAUGAGGAAUGGAAACAUAUCUCCGUGGACUUUCAUUGACAAUUCCAAUCAAUUCCAACCAUGUCUCUGCGGUUCUGAGACUGAUAUCAAGGAAUCAAACGUGUCUUCUACUAACCAAGAACAUGAUGAUGCGCAGGCAGCUGAUGCCAUGAGUGGACUCUGUACUAUCCAGCUUAACGUCGACCUGGCCGGUGGCCACAGCAAAGACCGCCAACUCCGCGUUCUUCAAGUCUCACCCCUUCUUUCUUACGCUGCCAGCACACAGGAGAAUAGAACGGAAGUUCCUCAUAUUGAUCAAGAGGCUCCUAUUGCCUACGUGCAACGUGUGAUCAGAAAACAGCGAACAACUAUGCAAAGAACUGAUAACUUCAAUGCGGAAAGAGGUCGAACUCCUCGCCGUAUUUUCCCCACAGAGACCGGAAACGAGAGUGAACUCGACAAAGAAAGGACCGGUAAGGCCAGGCAAGCUGUGUUGAAGGACCCAGCUGUUGCCAACAUUGGUAGCGCACAUGCAAAAUCCCAACCAACGGUACUCAGCGGCCUGUCAUCGCCAGCUGAGCAAACCAGAAAGAGUGAAGAACUCGAACGCAGAAAAGCCGCUUUCAUGAAAAUUCUGCAGAAGCUUCAGAAAGGGUCAAAAAAUGAGACUGAAAACACCAAGAGAGACACAAACAGGUCCUUCAUCAGUCAUGGUUCUCCGUGGGGCCCAAAAUCAAGCCAGCAGCCGGGUCAAUCUAAACAACAAAGCUCUGAUUCCGGUAUUGGCUCUCUUUAUAGCGACCACCCGAGAAAUAAGGACUCAUCUAAUGACUCCGGAGUCCGAAUUGAUUCUGAUGCCCUCACACAUGGGUUGAACCCUAGGGCAAGGGAAUUCCUGUCAUUCAAAAGAAGUUUCUCGGCAGUACCACAGACUCUAGGAAUUGUCAACUUUCCAGAAGACGAUAGUCUGAAGAGUAUGUUGCUAAAGCAAACUGAGAAUGAAAACGAACACACCGUUGAAAACACCAUCAGAACUGCAUCCCAUAACAUGGACGACGUUUCUGUUCCCCUACUACAGUCAGAUAUUGGUGCCAACAGCACAGAGAGUACAUCCGUUCCAGCGUUAAGCACAGCCGAUUCAACCAAACAGGGCCCAGGAGAGGUCGCCUGCUCAUCAAACAUAUCGCCGCCGCCCGCCAAGUAUGGAUUCCCUGGGGGUGCUUGUGGCCCUCCAGUGCGAAAUAUCCUCACUCCUGGAGUGCUACCGGGACUUGGAAUCCUGCCAACGCCUGCCACGUUCGGCAAUACGCCGAGCCUAGCAAUGUUUAGUCCUCUUCUACCACAGUAUCCUGUUGCAUCAGGUCACUUCAUGGACACUUCUGCAGCGCCUCAGAUUCUCUUUAACUCAACGCCGGGAAGUAGUUAUUAUCAACCUCGCCUACACCCUGUUCCUAAACCGACAAACCCUGACCCAAUUCAGCAGCAAAAAUAUGAAGAGUACAUUGAAUGGCGUAAAGCUCAUGAGCCUGGAUACGCACUUGCAUGCAAAGGUCGGCAACAACGCCGUGCCCAACGUGGUAUAGCAACGUAA